AUGUCUGCGAGCCCGUCGUGCGCUUUGUCGUCGUUUACGUCGCCGAUGGUAUCGACACCACUCGGCGGUUUUAGGGGAAGAUUCGAGCGGCGUUUUGCUUCAUCGUCGUCGAUCGUGCGCGCUCCCCGACCGCCGACGAUGAUGAAAGCACUCUCACCACCACCAUUAACAGCAGGAGCAACAGCACACCGCGGGUACGCCACCUCCCAGAAAGUCAAAAUGUCCAAAACGCGCACGAAAAUAAAAGGCUACAGCUCGUGGAAAGGCCGGUUUUCCGUCACCGCGUCGGGUUUGUUCCGAAGGAAACAAAAAGGGAAAAGACACAUGGGUUUUAGCAAGACGCCAAAGCAGCGGCGACAACUGAGAGGGACAAAGUUAGUAGAUAAGACGUUGGAACGACCGAUGAGGAAACUUGGAUUUAGUAUGGUUUAG